AUCAUCAAAAACGCUUCAGCAUUUUGUAUGAGGAAAGUGAUCUCUUUUCAAAAUUAAAUUUUGUUCUCUCGAAAAUCACAGUAUUCGAUUCCAAUAGCCCGAGGAUUAAAAACAAACGGUGACUGGUAAUAAAAUGUAUUGGUGCCAAAAUCUGUAAUCUGAUUAAGAAAUGUGUCAAAAAUGUUAUUUAAAGGAUACUGAAAAACGUCAGACUCCAUGGAAAGUGUUCAGAAAGUAAUCCCUCAACGCCAACAAACAGAACAUUGCAUUAUGAUAUAAAGCCGUAUGGAUGUCAUUGUUUGUAUCGAAGUUAUCAUAGAUUGGCAACAUUCGGAAUAGGCUAUAAGUACAAGCUUUGCGCGUCCAGAGAAAAAAGAGCGGGCUGAAAUUCCGGGAAAGAGAUGUUGCAAUUGACAGAGACCGGCAGCAAUCAUGCUAAAGACAAUCAUUCCUGACAGGCCGAGUGAGAUAGCCGUGUGUCUGUUGUAGCCAGAUGAAGGGUGUUCUGAAUCAUUAGUUGAUAGUGUCGAUUCCUUUGCGCUUCUAAAGGUGAACAGUAGUCAUCAUUUGCUUCUAUCGUUUUAUGACAUUCACGUGUUUAAAACACAUAUGAGGAUAAUUUUGCAGUCAAUGAAAGAGCGAUGCGUCCUGUAAAUCCUACCAGGGACAGGUCGGAAGUCAUUUCUGACCCCCGAGUACUCUAGCCCCCUGUUUUCGUCAAAUCUUAGCCAGAUAAGAUGUCCAGUUGUUCUGUAUUAGGAAUCUUUAUCUUGUGUGAUGUUCAACAGGAGACUGGGAAACCUCGUUCUAUGUAUUUGAAGAGCAGAUAAACCCAGAUAAAAUGACCGUUAUCUCUAUGCCGAGUGCAGUACUGGGUAAAUGUUUGUCUGUACCCGAUUAGAUUCUGAUUUUCAGUUUGUUUUGGUCGAUUCGUCCUCAUUUCUUGUCCACAUUUACCCGACAAGGAUUUACUCUUUAUGUGGGAAUUGUGCAGUAAUUUUGAGAUUAGCUAUGCAUCUCUGCAUCCCCGGAAUACUAACAGUGAUCACUACAGUGCAGGUGCUUGGAGCGACAGCUCAACUGGUCUGUCCCCAAAGAUGUUACUGUCCUUCCUCGGAAAUUGUCGAGUGCUCUGGAAAGAAUUUGACCACUAUCCCGGACAAGAUGGAUUCUAACAUAAGAAAUCUAGAUCUCAGUAUGAAUAAUCUGACGCUGCUGCCAGACCAAGCCUUUUCGGGAUACCGGCACUUGGUAGCUUUACGACUUGCUGGCAAUGGAAUUACCUCAAUAUCUGAGACAGCCUUCCAGUUCUUGUACCAGCUGGGGUCCUUGUAUCUUAUGGGGAAUAAUCUAAUGUCUCUAAAUGAUUCCACCUUCCGGCAUCUGUACCGACUGACGGAGCUGUUCCUUGAUGCCAAUAAGAUUUCAUCUAUAUCCAGUAACAGUUUUGACGGGCUUUAUGGUUUGUUGUAUUUGCGAUUGGACGCCAAUAAUCUCUCGGCCAUUCCGACAGAAGCCCUAAGCAGAUUGGAACGGUUACAAGCGCUAGAUCUCUCCGUGAACAGAAUUCAACAAAUCGAAGACUUUGCCUUUGCCAACAACACAAACCUUGGUUCCUUGGCUCUUCAUGACAACAGAAUUUCGCUUGUUUGUGACCAUGCCUUUGAAGGACUUCACGUUUUAACAAGUUUAGAGCUGCAGAGAAACCGACUGACACACAUCCCUGCCGGAAUAGUGGCACUACCAGACCUCAUGGACUUAAAUCUGGAGAACAACCGAAUCCAGUUCAUCCCAAGUCACGUCUUUGCACUGAACAAAAACCUGAGAGACAUUAAGCUACGAGGCAAUCCAAUUUCAUCCUUUGGCGUCAAUGCUUUUCAAGGACUUCCGUGUCUGAGAGAAUUAACGAUAUCGGAAGCGCGGGACCUGGAGCACUUUCCUAACGUCACGGGGUCCUCCAAGUUAGAGUUACUCAGACUGGAUAGAGCUAGCAUAUCAGAGAUUCCGUCCGAUCUCUGCCAAACUCUACCAAAUCUAAGUACUCUAGAUUUGCAUUCCAACAAGAUCUCCCGGAUUCCAUUACUGGAAUAUUGUCACAAUCUGAAACAAUUAAACCUUGGCAAUAAUAAGAUAGCAUCUCUGGAGGGAAGUCCAUUUGUGAACGCCAGUCGCCUGCAAGACUUGACAUUAUCGCAUAACUAUGUACCUUUUAUUGGAAAUAGAGCGUUCAAAGGACUACAGAAACUGGAGUACUUAGAUUUACAGUUCAACCUGAUAGCGGAGAUUGAGCCCUAUGCCUUUAAGCCUCUUGAAUCUCUCAUUGAUUUAAACGUAGCCGAGAACGACUUCCCAAGGCUUCCUACGGACGGAUUAAUACACCUUAAGUUUCUGAAGACGUUCCACAACAAGAAUCUCCAAGAACGUAUAGACCCGGAGAACCUUCCUUACAUCCAGAACCUAGUGCUGUCCUACGCUUACCAUUGCUGCAGUUUCAUCAACGCCAGAAAAGCUGAUGGUGGGUCCAAGGUUACAGUGGAUGAAGAAGUCAUUUGGUUGCACAAUCCGAACAAGACGGAUCACAGUUUGUGGGGCCAUCACACCUUAUUCUCAUUAGAAAACCAAACAUUGGUGGAUUUUCCUAUCGAUUUCCCGAACUAUGACGUACAUCUUCCGUCAUUUGAGUCAGACGACAAGAUUCCCGUGAUUGAGUCCAUUCCAACAGAUCAUAUGGCACGAGUCCAGCCUCCUAUCAAGUGUGAACCUGUACCAGGCCCCUUCCUUCCCUGCGAUGAUCUCUUUGGAUGGUGGUCCCUCCGUUGCGGCGUGUGGAUUGUUUUCCUUCUAGCUGUUCUCGGAAAUGGAAUCGUUCUCUUUGUAUCCAUUACAGCCAGGUCUAAAAUGGCCAUGGAUGUCCCUAGAUUUCUCAUAUGUAACCUUGCUUGUGCAGACCUUAUGAUGGGAGCUUAUCUGGGAAUUUUGGCCAUUCUUGAUGCCUCAACGCUAGACGAAUUUCAAUUUUACGCCAUAAAGUGGCAGAGAAGUGGUGGCUGCCUGACUGCUGGUUUCUUGGGCAUAGUCUCCAGUAUGCUUAGUGUCUUCACUUUAACUGUUAUCACUGUGGAGAGGUAUUAUGCCAUUUCAAAUGCAAUGCAGCUCAAUAAAAGAAUACGGCUAAAACAAGCAGGAAUAAUAAUGAUUUUUGGGUGGGCUUUCGCAAUCACCAGUGCCAGUCUACCUUUCUUUGGAAUCAGUGACUACAGAAAAUUUGCCAUCUGCCUUCCAUUCGAAACAUCAGAUAGAGCCUCUUUAGCAUACGUGUGUUUCCUGAUGCUCUUCAAUGCCGUAUCUUUCAUCAUCAUUGUGAUCUGCUACAUUAAGAUGUACUGUUCCAUUAUGGGCUCCAACGCUUGGAAUUCCAAAGAUUUUCGUAUCGCCAAACGCAUGGCUAUUCUCGUCUUUACAGACUUUCUUUGCUGGGCUCCAAUCAUUUUCUUCUCAAUUACGUCUGCCUUCGGAGAGAAUCUGAUUGGCCUGAAUGAGGCGAAAGUGCUUACAAUUUUUGUUUUGCCUUUAAACAGCUGUGCAAAUCCAUUUCUAUAUGCCAUUUUCACUAAACAGUUCAAAAGAGAUUGUGUGAAAUUGUGUAGAAGAAUUGAAGAGUCUUCCUUGACUCGCAGUUUUUCAAAUCUUAAUAGCCGAAGGGUGUCAUUUGGUUCUUCGUGGAGACAGUCUCAGUUACACAGUGCAUUUCAUACAGAGAAACGCAGCAGUAUUACGAACUCGGUAUCUGGUGGCAGUGUUGGAGGGGGCCCAAGUCAAGUGCAAGAAACCAACAGUGGCUUGUUUGAAAACAACGAAAGAAGUAAAGUCGGUGAUGUGAAGUUCAGUGUUGUAGAAAAUAAAAAUCAGAAAGAAAAUAAGUCAUCUGAUCUGCCAAACCCCAAUGAUGUCCAUUCAUUUUGUAAUUGCAUUGGAGAAUCUGGACAUCGAGAGGUUUCAGAUGAUGGGGGUGGUCUCGAGACAGCCAUAGUUAUUCAUUUAAAUGACAAAAGUGACCAGAUUUUACAAGUCCAUACCACAGAAAAUGGAAAGUGUCCAAAAACUUCGAAAGGCAAAUCUCAUCCGAAGCGAUUACAUUCUUGUGCGACUCAAAUAACGAAUAUUGAGAAUGAAGACACGUCAUCAACAGAAGAUAAUGACGUUACAUUACUCAAACAAGUUUCCGACAUGCCAAAACGUUCUUUUACAGAUCAUUUUAAGAAACGCAAAGUAAAGAACGAUUCGAUAAGUUUGACACCUUUAGCGGUAAAGCAGCAUGGGAGGUCUGCUCCUAAUGUUCAAAUGCCCGAAAGUAAAGGAGUAUUGGUUCUACCAACUGCGAAAGGCACGGACAAAACUUCACACAUAAAUGAAUGGAGAAAGUCUUCACAUUUAAAUUACAUAUGGACAAAUUCUUUAGCCAUAGAACAAAGAUUUCAGUCGUAUAAAUCUAACAGUUUAGUAGACUUAUCAUUCACAAAAAAAGGAUUUGAGGGAUCACCAUGUAAGAGGCGAAGUUUAUCGUCACACCAUGAGGGAUAUAUCUUGCUUAAGAAUAGCAACAGAGAUUCUGCAUACGAGGAUGAAGAGGAAAUGAUUGAAUAUAAUAAUUGCAAAACAUAUACUAUGAGUCACUCUAAGUCUGUGACUCCCAAACAUAUGUCACAAUCACCUGAUGACAGAUAUGAACUUCAGACCUGUGAGAAACGACAAACGGUGGGUGACAUCUGUCAAUCAAAUGCCAGCGAGCGUAGUCAUUUGCUUUCAGUGUCUAAUACGUGUUCACCAAGACGGGAAGUGUGUGAUAAAGAAAGUGGUUUUAGUUCUGAAGCGUAACUAUCAAGAUGGGUACCUUACUGGUACAAACAGAGUAAUGGUGUAAUGGAGGAUGGGUUUUCCCAAUGUCUUUCAGAUAAUUCUGAAAUAAAAUAUAUUUUCAUGCCA